AUGCGCGGAGGCGCACGGCGCGACUUCGGAAGCGGUGGGGGGCGCAAUGCGGACGGCGGGAGCAUGACAGGUGGCGGGAAGCGGAGGUCUCGCGGGGUGGCGAGCCCGGCCGGCGAGCAGUGUGAGAAAAAUGGAGAUGUCAAAAAGAGAAGAUCAAAUCAGGCAGAUAUCCCUGACAGUCUUCGUCAAGAAGCAGAAACAUGCUAUAGGCUUAGGCUUCCUGAAGACUUCUAUCAGUUUUGGAAGUUCUGUGAGGAACUAGAUCCUGAGAAACCAAGUGAUGCACUUCUGUCAAGUGUUGGACUUAGGCUGGUUGGACCAUAUGAUAUCCUUGCAGGAAAACACAAAAAAGCAAAAUCAACAGAUCCAAACUUCAGUCUUCAUUGGAGAUUCUUCUAUGAUCCUCCAGAAUUCCAGACCAUACUUGUUGGGGAUAGCAAAACACAGUAUCACAUGGGAUAUUUCAGGGAUGUGCCAGAUGAGCUUCCAGUGUGGGUUGGUGCAAAUGAAGCUAAGAAAGGCUGUAUGAUUUCACAAGUUGGUGAUAAUGUCUUUGCUGCAGUCAAAUUAUUUUUGUCAAAAAAACUUAAGGAAGUGACUGAUAAAAAGAAAAAUGCUAUUUUGAAAGACCUAGAUGAAAAAAUAACAAGAACAGCAAAGGAACUGGGUUAUUCUCUGGAACAAAAAACCAUGAAGAUGAAACAGAGAGAUAAGAAAGUGGUAACCAAAGCAUUUCAUGGAGCAGGCCUAGUUGUUCCUGUAGACAAAAAUGAUGUUGGAUACAGAGAACUUCCUGAAACAAAUGCUAACCUUAAAAAGAUUUGUAAGGCCAUAGUUGAUGCUCCCACAGAUGAAGAGAGACUGAAGGCCUUUGCACCUAUCCAAGAAAUGCUGACCUUUGUUCAGUUUGCUAAUGAUGAGUGUGACUAUGGAAUGGGGUAUGAACUGGGUAUGGACCUGUUUUGCUAUGGAUCACAUUACUUCCACAAGACCGUCGGCCAGCUGCUGCCCCUGGCAUACACCCUGCUGAAGAGGAAUCUUUUUGCCGAGAUCAUUGAAGCACACUUGGCUAGCCGCCGGGAGGAGAAGGUGGACCAGCUGGGGCCAUGA